CUGAUGGUAUGGCGUUUUUAGAGAAGGAAAACAUUGUUCAUAGACAUUUAAAAACUGAAAAUGUGUUUGUAUGUGGAUUGAACGAAUUGAAGAUAGUACAUCCAAAGUUACCUGGGCUGAUGAAAGCUAGUGAUAAUGAUAAACAUUUAAAAGGUGAAAAUGAAUGGCAAUGGACUGCACCAGAAGCAAUAGAUGACGAAGAUAAGUUUAGCAUAAAAUCGGACGUGUGGUCAUUUGGGGUAUUGUUGUAUGAACUCGUCACGUUUGGAAAAAUUCCAUAUGCAGGUCUGGUUGAAGAAGACACGAUACGCCGUUUGCAUGAAGGAUCCAGAAUUCCGGAGCCCAAGGGCGAUCCUGAACUUUGCCCUGUCGCCUUUUAUGUCACAAUGCUAGAAUGUUGGCAUCGACGCCCUGAAUGUCGUCCAACAUUUUACUUCCUCGGAGAUUUUAUUCAUGAAUUUGAUGUUGCUGUAGAAGCUGACACUCGUUUUCAAUAUGCCGAUAUACAAGACGUAUACAGGAGAGGAAUUUUGACGGAAGAAAAGCAGAAUGAAGUGCCAGCAGAUUUAGACAUAAAUGUCAGUAGUGUCGUUAUGCCCGACAAACGAAUAGAUUCACAACAGUCUGAACAGAACAUAGGAACAACAGCACAAACCCCGCUGCGAAACAACAGUGGAAAGCCUAAAAUAACUGGUGGAUUUGCUGUAAAAGUCCUAUACGAUUAUGAUGCAGAAGAAGACAACGAGAUAUCUAUUUACCCAGACGACAUUAUAACUAAUGUGGAUCCAGCACACGAAGGUUGGUGGAUAGGAACAGCAGCAAAUGGUACACGCGGCCUAUUUCCAUCAAAUUUUGUUGAAAUAUUUGAAAAUGCCUAUGCUGAAAUAACAAAAUUGUAAAGAAAUAGAAAAUACUUGAGACAGUUGCUAACAUACAAUUAAUACAUGUAAUUGUUCGCAGUUUCAAAAUACUAGUACAUUAUUUUAAUGCCAAUUACUCAAUUAUAUUGGUUAUUAUCUAAUUUGUAUUGACGUUAUGCAAACUUUGAUUAUCAAACUCCUCAAGCUUAAGGUAGCGGACCCGUAAUGACACACGCAAAUUUCCCUGUGAAUACGUGUUCACGUCAACCAAUUCGACAUUCUUCGAUAAAUAUAGGCCAAUGCGCAAAUAACGUUUUAACGUAAAAAAUGCCGAAAUAGCAUACAGGGAUCACGUAAAUUGCCGAUUACGGGUGCACUAUCUUAAGCUUCAUAUUUAGCAACUCAGCUUAGCACGAAGUGGUCAAGUUGAACUAUUGUGAUGGGUCAUUGUCCGACGUCCGUCGGCGUCCGGCGUGCGUCGUCCGUCGUCCGUCAAUAUUUGCUUUGUGAACACUCUAGAUGUCAAAGUUGUAACCCGAUAUUUAUGAAAUUUAGUCAAAAUGUUUGUCUUGAUAAUUUCUAGGUCAAGUUUGAAACUGGGUCAUGUGGGGUCAAGAACUUGGUCAGUAUGCUAGAUCAGAGGAAAAUCUUGUUAAGACUCUAGAAGCCACAGUUUAAGUUUGAAACUUAUAUGAAAUUGUUCAGAAUGUUUGUCUUGAUGAGUUUUAGGUAAAGUUUGAACCUGGAUUAUGUGGAGAAUCUAGGUCACCCGUUCAAAAUAAUGGGAAAAGGUUGUUAACACCCUAGAGGCCACAUUUAUGAACCUAUCUUUAUGAAACUUGGUCAGAAUAAUUUUCUUGAUCAUCUUUAGCCCAAGUUCGAAUCUGGGUUAUGUUGGGUCAAACUAGAUCAAAGGAAAAUCUUAUUAACACUCUAGAGUCUACAUUUUAAGUUUGAAACUGAUGAAAAUAGGUCAAAAUGUUUUAUUAUGAUAGCUUAUAAUUCAAGUUUGAAUCUGGGUCAUGCGGGGUUAAAAACUAGGUCAUCUGCAAAUCAAAGGAAAAUAUUUUUAACAGUCUAAAGACCACCUUUAUGACUCUAUUUUGAUGAAACUUAGUCAGAAUAAUUGUCUUGAUGAUUCUUAGGCCAGGUUUAAACCUGGGCCAUGUGGGCUUAAAAACUAGGCCACAAUGCUAGAUCAAAGGAAAUAAUUGUUAAUACUUUAGAGACUACAUUUUAAAUUUGAAACUCAUAAGAGUUGGUCAGAAAUGUUAGAUCAGUUUGAAUAUGGGUCAACUGGGGUCAAAAUCUAAGUUAUCCGGACGGUCAAGUCAACCAGAAACUCUGUGUGUGUGUGUGCGUGUGCGUGAUAGGGGCUGUAUUUUCGACUGGAUAUUUGUAAAAUGUGAUCAAAAUGAUUUUCUUAAUGAAAUCUAGGUCAAGUUCGAAUCUGUUUCAUCUGGUGUCAAAAACUAGACCUCCUGCUCAAAUAAAAGAAAAAGUCUUGUGUAUGUAAUAGGGGUUGCAUUUUCGAUUUGAUAUACAUUGGUUAGAAUGUUUGUCUCAAAGAAAUCUAGGAUGAGUGUUUAUCUGAGUCACUUGGGGUCAAAAACUAGGUAACCAGGUCAGAUCAAAGAAAAUACUUGUUUACAUUCUACGGGGCACAUGUUUUAUUCUAUCUUCAUAACAUUUGGUCAGAAUGUUUGUUAUCACGUCUGGACCACUUGAGGUUAAAAUCUAGGCCACCACGUCAAUCCAAAUGAAAGGUUGUUUACACUCUAGAUGCCACGUUUUUACUCCAAUCUUUCUGAAACCUUGUCAGAAUGUUUUCAUAAAAUUUCACGGAACAAUUCUAAAUUGGGUCAUGUGGGGCCAAAAAGUAAGUCACUAGGUCAAAUCAAAGAAAAUACUUGUUUACGCUCAAGAGGCCAUAUGUUUGGUCUAAUCUUAAUGAAAAUUGGUCAGAGUAUUUGUCUCAAUGAAAUCAUUAAGUCAAAUAUAUUUACGUUGUUGUGUUACUCAGGUGAGCGACAUAUGAACAUCUUGGCCCUCUUAUUAUAACGACUUUCAACUCGAAAAAAAA